AAAUUUCUGACAUUACAUAACAAAGCAAUUAUGUUUCUCACAGUUCAAUAGAUUCUCGUCUCGUCUCUCUCUGCAUAAUCCAUUCGGCGAAGAUCUCAAGUUAAGCCGUUGAUACCUUUUGAUGGAAGAACAGUUCAUACUUAGGGUUCCACCGUCUGUUUCAGAGCGAAUUGAUCGGCUUUUGAGCGAGGAGGCUUCUACUUCCGACGAAAUCCCUUUGGAUUUGUGUUUUUCAGAGGAUGGGAGAAGCGGUACGUUUAUGAUUGGAAACGAAGAGUUCCCGGCAUCUCUGCUUGAUCUUCCUGCUGUUGUUGAGUCUUUUAAAACUUAUGAUGACUGUGCACUAGUCAAAACUGCUGAUAUCGGGCAGAUGAUCAUAGUUAGGGAGCCGGGUGAUCCCGCACCCAAUACAGUUGAAUACAGACAUGGUUUAACUCCUCCAAUGAAGGAUGCUCGAAAGAGAAGAUUUCGUCGAGAGCCUGACCUUAAUCCGGAGCUUGUACAGCGGGUUGAAAGAGACUUGUUGAAUAUCUUGAGUGGCGGAACAGUAGAAAAUGUAAAUGAGCAAGAGGAAGUAGCUGUAAACGAGAAUGCUCCUAAUGAAAAUAAGAUUGUUUCUUCUUCACCUACACCUGUUGAAAAGCCUGAAGCUCCUGAGACAGGCACUAGUAAUCCAACAGGAGUUGAGCCGGAGAGAAGUGAAUCAGAAGAUUCUGAUGACUCAAUGUGAGCUCAUUACAUAAAGAGAUUUUUCUUACAAAAGGUUAGAGUUUGAGCAAGUCCCGUCUUAGAAAAUCAUGGAUAAGUAUGUCCCCAUGAUUUGAUGAUGUCUUCUUCAACUUUGUUCAGUGAAAAUUUUGAUUUGUAUUCGAAGUACAGAACACAAAAGAUUCUGUUUGUCUAUCCUGAAUACGUGCAACCAUGUCUACCAUCAUUUUUUUUU